UUCCACAAAGUUGACAGUAAAACAAGUUCAUAUUGAUUAUUAUCAACAGAGAAGAAAGGAUCAGCUGAAAUGGGACGUUGGGUGAGACCUGAGGUUUACCCUCUUCUUGGAGCGAUGGGAUUUGUGACAUCUAUGGUUGUGUUUCAACUCACAAGAAACGCAUUGUUUAACCCUGACUGCAGAAUAAAUAAAGCUCAUAGAAAAAUGGGAAUUCUAGAAAAUGAAGACGAAGGAGAAAAAUAUGCACAACACAAUCUUCGCAAGUAUCUGAGGACCCGCCCACCUCAAGUUAUGCCUUCUCUCAACCGUUUCUUCUCUGAUGAGGACAAUUAAAGUUCAAUUACCUUCGUGUUAUUUCUUAUUGUUAACAAUUAAACAAAAUUGAACUGUUCUUGGAAAUGGUUUGAUAUGUAUCGUGAUAAUUUUCGGAUCCUUGUUUAUAUAUAUAUAUAUAUAUUUUUUUGAAUAAAA